GCUGGGCGUUCCACAGGCCAAGUGCGCUGUGCUCGAGGGGUGCCGGCGGGGCCAGAGGGAGCGAGCAGGCAGGCACCGAGGGGGCGCGGCUGCCGGCCGGACGAGACGGGCGAACCGGACGCGGGAGCAGUCCAGGACCAGACAGCCAGCACAUCCACGAUGGAGCGCCUCGUCGCCCGUGGGACCUUCCCUAUCCUUGCGCGCACUAGCGCCUGCCGCAGCCUCUUCGGGCCCGUGGACCACGAGGAGUUGAGCCGGGAGCUGCAGACCCGCCUGGCCGAGCUGAACGCCGAGGACCAGAACCGCUGGGACUACGACUUCCAGCAGGACGUGCCGCUGCGGGGCCCUGGACGCCUGCAGUGGACCGAGGUGGACAGCGACUCCGUGCCUGCAUUCUACCGCGAGACGGUGCAGGUGGGGCGCUGCCGCCUGCUGCUGGCGCCCCGGCCCGUCCCGGUCGCCGUGGCUGUCAGCCCGCCCCCUGAGUCGCCGGCCGCUGAGUCCCUCGACGGCCUCGAGGAGGCGCCGGAGCAGUCGCCCAGCGACCUGGCCCCGGCGCCCACCCCGCCCCCGGCCCCGGCCCCGGCCCCGGCCCCGGCCGCGGCCUCGGCCCCGGCCCCGGCCCCGGCCCCGGCCCCAGAUGCGGCGCCUCUAGAUAGCGCCGAGCAGGGUGCGAACCAGGCGCAGCGCAGCCAGGAGCCUCUUGCCGACCAGCUGCUCUCGGGGAUUUCGGGACGUCCCGCGGCCGGCACCGCUGCCGCCAGCGCCAACGGCGCCGCGAUCAAGAAGCUGUCCGGGCCUCUCAUCUCCGAUUUCUUCGCCAAGCGCAAGAGAUCUGCGCCCGAGACCAAGUCUUCGAGCGAUGUCCCCGCAGGGUGUCCCUCUCCUAGCGCCGCUGCUGGGGUGGGUGCGGCGGAGCAGACUCCGCGCAAGAGGCUGCGAUGAGCUAGUUUAGAGCCCAAAGAGCCCCGAGGGAACCUGCCGGGGCAGCGGACGUAGGAAGAGCGCUGGGCCUCGGCUGGGACCGUUCAUGUAGCAGCAACCGGCGGCAGCUGCCGCAGAGCAGCGUUCGGUUUUGUGUUUAAAGUUUGAAAACUGUGCAAUGUAUUAAUAACGUCUUUUUAUAUCUAAAUGUAUUCUGCACGAGGAGUACACUGGUCCCAAGGUGUAAAGCUUUAAGAGUCAUUUAUAUAAAAUGUUUAAUCUCUGCUGAAACUCAGUGCAAAAAAAAAAAGAAAAAAGAAAAAAAAAAGGAAAAAAUAAAAAAAACCAUGUAUAUUUGUACAAAAAGUUUUUAAAGUUAUACUAACUUAUAUUUUCUAUUUAUGUCCAGGCGUGGACCGCUCUGCCACGCAAUAGCUCGGUUAUUGGUUAUGCCAAAGGCACUAUCUACCACCCGCAUCCCGUUAUUGACAAAUGUAAAUUUAUUUUUAUAGCGGACUCUGGGGAAAAGGGUCGCUCACCAGCUGUAGCUGCCGUACAUGCCCACCUAGCUUGCAGUCUCUUCGCGCUUUCGCUAUCUCUCUUAUUAUUAUUGUGUUUAUUUUAAACUUGAAGACAAAUCUGUUGAAAUGGUUCCUGAGCCGUCUGUACCACUGCCCCGGCCCCUCGUCCGCCGGGUUCUAAAUAAAGAGGCCGAAAAAUGCUGCA